AUUUAAAAAAAAAUCAUAAAAAUCAUUUUUAAUACUUUCGUUCUUCCAUUCCAUCUUCUCCAGGACCCUCGCGACCAGCAUCGCCUUCUAAAACUCUGCCUUAACCCUUCCCUCAAUCGCUAUUUUCUAUCUCGUCAAUUCCAACCUUAGUUUUCAUGAUAGAUGUUGGUGGUUGAAUUGCAGGAGAAGGUGUUGUUUGAGAGAAGAUGCAUCCUCCUUUAACAUUGCACAAACACCCUAUGUGCGCUGAAAUUAUUGAGGAGUUUCAAAAGUGUCAUGUGGAACACCCUAUUGCAAAAUUCUUUGGCGAAUGUACAGAUUUAAAAAUAAAAUUGGAUCGUUGCUUCAGAGCAGAAAAAGCCGUGAAGAGAAAGGCCAACUUUGAGAAGAGCAAAGAGUUAAAGGAACAGUUGCGAGUUUUCAGGAAAGAAAAUGCUGCAAGCAGCAGUCAAUAGAAGGAUUUCCUGCUUCUUUGAAAACCAAAACUGUUGUGCAAAAUACGAUUCUUAGUUUUGUACUAUGGCCUGAUAUGAUAUGUUGCCAUUUUCAAAACAUUGAAUUAUUCUAUUAUAUUGUUAGAAUUAUUGCCAUUCCUUUGUUAGAAGAAGGAUUUCCUCCAUAUUAGAGAGGCCGUGUAGCUUCUAAACAAAUGUAUGAAAAAAGAAUCAAAAUAAAUGAAAAACAUUAUCGUUAAA